AUGGCCCAAGAGCGCUACUAUCCUCAAACCAAAGCUGAAUCCGCGGUACCCGGAAUUACACGGAUGCACGUAAUGGAUAUCGUAGAUGAUCGGUCCGAUGGAGAGGGCCCAGACGAGUCGAAAGAAGCCCCGGAGAAUGAACCAGACGUACCCGAACAGGAGCGUACUGACGACUCCGAAGAGUACCGGGAAUCUUACGAAGCACAUGCCUACAGCGAAUACAGUAGCACUGACUCUGAUAAUGAGGAGAACGCUCGUCAGGCGUUACCAUUCCCAAAAGGGAAGCGCCCGGCCCCGCCGCCCGAAGCUCGCGAAGCCAUCAGAUCGGCGUUACACAGGGAAGACGGCGCACACCGGCCGAAGUAUCCAAGGGAAUGGACAGAGCUGCUUGCCGCGUAUGUCCAAAUUAACGGCGUAAAGGCCUGGACGUUAUUCGACCUCGGAUCCAAUACGGAUGCCGUUAGUACCGAGUUCGCACAGAUAUGCAAUCUGGAUGUUUUUGAGCUCGAAAACCCCGUUACGCUUAAGCUGGGCUGUAAAGGCAGCAAGUCUAAGAUUACGCACGGCGGUCAUUGUAGGACCGCCCUAGGGACUAUCAAUACGAGGUGGUACUUCGACGUAGCCAACAUAGCACACUAUGAUGCCGUUGUCGGCUUGCCGUUCUGUGCUAAACACGGAAUCACCAUAAUGCCCGACAAGCGGACCAUCAGGCUUCCGGAUGGCCUAGACAUCCCCGUGGAGCUUGAAGGAGGACGGAUCGGUGGGAAUGACAAGUGGGCUCGGCCCAACCCCGCCAAGCCUCGCGCUUCCUUUCGGAAGUAA